AAUGUUACGAACAGAGCACACACCUUCCUCCUUGUACACGAUGCAGGCGACAGUGUGUCAGCUUCGGGACGGAAAUCUAAUUUCUUCUCAAUGGAGUUUUAUCAGCAGUUCUUUGAUGUUGAGACCGACCAGGUACUUAAGCGAGUCUUAAACAGCAUAGUGCCAACCAAUAGUAAUUUCAUCCUGGACUAUGUGCAUCCUAUGCCUGACUUAUGGGGACCAUUUUGGAUAUCAGUGACUUUGGUGUUUUCAAUUGGUGUUUUUGGGAACAUUGCGCAAUAUAUUCAAAAUGAUGGUUCUCCGGGUGAAUACGGCAGCGACUUCAGAUUAGUAACAUCAUCUGCGACACUGGUAUUUCUGUACGUUGUGGUGGUGCCAGCUAUUCUAUCAACCAUUUUGUGGCAAAGGAAAGCUGAGUUACAAUAUGCACUAUCUGAUCUUCUGUGUGCGUAUGGUUACAGCUUGUCCAUUUUUAUUCCUGUGUCGAUACUCUGGACACUGGAUGUCAACUGGUUCCGAUGGUUUUUGAUUAUUGCUGCGGUCUCACUUAGUGGUGCCGUACUAGUGAGAGCUCUUUGGCCAGCUUUUAAAUCUGAUCCUAACAAAUUGGUAGGUCCCAGUUCAAAUCCUAUGUCACUAUAUAUCAAAAUAAAGGUAGUGGCCAAAAGAUGA